AUGGAGCUCAAGCACCGCAGCUCACCCAAUCAGAAUCAGCUUCCUCCAGUACGCCGCAAGUUGUUCAACUGCCACACUGAGGCUCCCUCAAACAAUAAGGCUGCUUCUGUCAACGCGCGCUUGAACGAUUUGACGUCGAAUAUUCCACCUGCUCAUCAAGCGCGUCUACUAUGCGAACACUUUAUUACAACUAUCCAACCUACAUUCGGUGUCCUGCACGUGCCGUCAACUAGAUCACUUGUUUAUAGCUGUGUGGGCUCUGAAAAAGAAGCCCUAAAGAUUGACGAGCUGCUCAUGCUUUUCAGUAUCUUUGCUGGUGCGGCAUUGGCCUGGACAGACGAACUUCUUCAUAACCUUGAAGCAACCAAAGCGAACGCCGUGUCGGCCUUCGAUUGCUAUUUUCACUCUGCUCUAUCGAUCGUUGAAGACACUGACACACCACUACCGCCCUCAGUCACUGCUGCCUCAGCCAUAUGUACGCUUGCGCACGUGGCCAUCAACUCUGACCAUGUCCUCCCGAUCAAGGCAUUGGAUCUUAGAAGCCGCUGCUACAAUAUGUGCCGUGAAAUGAUGAUUCAUCGCUUAGACAGCCCGUCAGCACAGAAAGAGCGAGAAAUAAGCCCGGCCAACAAUAUCGACUUGGAGGUUCAGAGACGUGAGGGUAUCUACACAUUUAUCCCGAGGCUGAUGAGAGUCAAGCAACCGCGUAACGUCGAUGAUGUUGCGCUCAGAGUUUCCGGCGACAUACCCAAUCUACCUAUCUCCGUUCCAACAGACAUGACAUUCUUCUUUCUGCGUCUCAGAACGGCAGAAAUAUCUCGCGAGAUUAUCGAUGCGAUCACACCUCUGGCCGACGAUGCACCCGAAGAAGACUACGAAAUCAUUCUCCAGCUUGAUAGAAAACUACAGAAUUUUGUUAACGGGCUUCCUGAGUUUUGCAAGCUCGACCCGGAGAGUAUGCAGAAGUCCAAAAACAUUUGCAAAUCGAGGCCGUUCAUCUACUGGCAGCGAAUUAGCCUCCAUCUCGGCAUCCAUGCACGUAUUUGCCGACUUCAUCGUCCUUAUCACCUCGCAGCAUACUCAGAUCCUCGAUAUUCCUAUUCUCGAAGCACGAUACUCUCAUCAGCAUACAAGAUCCUGGAACUCAGACGUAUGAUGGACGUUCCGGUUGCCAAGCUUCACUUUAGACCUGAGAGGUAUUGGGUCAUCUUCUUGCACGUCACCUCAGCUGCUGUGGCGUUGGCAGUGGAUCUGUCUCACAACCCUGAUGCUCCUGACGCGCAAGCCCUGAAAGAGAAGGUCAAGGGCGCUUAUGAGACGCUGAACAAAUCAAGGAAGAACGCGGAGAGUUUGAUAAGAGGAAUCGAGAAAAAUAUGGAACAGGUCAUGGGCACUUUGCAGAAGCAGCGCGCGAAUGCGAUGGCAUCCACUUCGCCGGCUGCAACAUCGAGCGCUAAUUUGGACUCGGUUCCUGAAAGUGCUUUCACAAACAUGAAUGAUAUUACUAUGGGCAUGCAGGAAGACGGGCUCGGGGACGAGCAUUCCCACCAGCUCUGGUCAGACUUUUUGGCUGCUGUCCCUGACCUUGAAGAGUUUCAGUGGACAUCUCUCCUGCAAGAUCUUGACUUUGAUCCUAGCAACUUCAGUUAA